ACUUCGUCAAACUCUCUCGGUAGUCAAUAGCUUCUCUGCACGUAGAAUUCCCACUCUCGCCAGACCGGAACUUUUUCCCGGCGUUCAGCAUCUGUCUUCAGUGAACAGAACAACUGGAAGAUAAUUCUACUUUCUGGAUUGCUGAAUGGAUGUCAUUUGAUUAGGAAAUACUUGAGAUAUGGAGAUGGAGCAAGAGUUAGAGUGGCUUGAAGCACAGAAGACAGCCAUAAGUGUGGACCUUUUGGCUGCAGCCAAGCAGCAGCUUCAGUUUCUUGCAGCUGUUGAUAAGAAUCGUUGGCUCUAUGAAGGCCCUACUCUUGAGUAUGCCAUCUAUAGGUACAAUGCUUGUUGGCUUCCCUUUCUUGCAAAGCACUCUGAGUCACCAGUUUCUGAAGGGCCAUUGGUUUUGCCUCUUGAUUGUGAAUGGGUUUGGCAUUGCCAUAGGCUGAAUCCAGUGAGGUACAAAACUGAUUGUGAAGAUCUUUUUGGAAGGAUAUUGGACAAUUCUAAUGUUGUAUCUUCUGUUAAAGGAAUCUGUGGAAAGCAAACUCAAGAAAUUUGGAAUAAGUUGUAUCCAGAUGAGCCUUAUGAAUUUGACUUGACAAGAGCUUUAUCAGCAACUACAAAUGAGAAACUUUUGGCAAAUGAAAAAUGCACCAAGUAUGAUUUGGUGUCAGCAGUUAAAAGGCAAAGUCCUUUCUAUUAUCAGGUAUGCAGAACCCAUAUGAACUAUGAUAUUUUUCUUGAAGGAGCUGUGGCCAGAUAUAAGGGGUUUUUGCAUCUAAUCAAGAGAAAUAAGGAACGAUCCAUAAAACGCUUUUGUGUUCCAACUUACGACAUUGAUCUUAUCUGGCAUACACACCAGUUGCAUCCCAUUUCGUAUUGUAAAGAUUUGAAUGAAGCACUUGGCAAGAUAUUAGAGCAUGAUGACAUGGAUUCAGACAGGACUAAAGGAAAGAAGCUAGAUGCUGGAUUUUCUGGAACUACAAAGCAGUGGGAAGAGACAUUUGGGACAAGAUAUUGGAAGGCAGGUGCAAUGUAUAGAGGCAUAGCACCAUCUCCUCUCACAAGAACUCCAUUCCUUCCAACUCUCUUGAGAAAAGAUGUACUAACAUCAAAUGAAUAUCAAAAGAUUAUUCAACUUCCAGAAGUGAAAAUUGUGGAGGUCCUUUUGGAAAUUGUGGGAGUUAAAAACUUACCAGAGGGGCACAAGGGAUGCCUCUUUGUCAGAUUUAGUAAAAAGCAGCCUGAUGUAUUCUUCAACACUAGGCAGAAAUUAACUAUUCUGGCAGAAUCUGAAGAAAAACAGGUUGCUUCUUUCCAGUGUGAACCUAAGGGAGAGCUGAUCUUUGAGCUUAUUUCACAUUCACCUUCCAACUUACUAGGGCACAAGGCAUUUAGAACUAUGGGUACUGCUUCAUUAUCUUUGCAAGACUAUCUAAAUCCAGUUUCUACACUUUCAGUUGAAAAAUGGGUGGAAUUGCUGCCCAGUUCUGGCAAUUUGAGCUCAAAGCCAAUCUGCCUACGAAUUGCUGUCUCAUUUACAGUUCCAAUCCAAGCACCAUACGUACUUCACAUGGUUCAUCCAAAAUCACUAUCAAUAAGCUCUUGUUUUUUCCCUCUUCCUGGAAAGGUUCAACAUGAUAAGAUCUGGACACACAUCACUGAUGAAAAUGACACAGAGGUCAUCAGCCUGCAAAUGAGGGACUCAACAAAGGCGAAGACUACAGACAAGAGCAUUCCUAAGAAGCAAGUAGUUGGUGCUGUGAAAUCUGUUGAGACACGUGUUCUCGCAGAGUUUAUGAGGACUCAUUGGUCAUUAAUGGAUUCCCAGUGGUGCCUUCACUUCAAAACAAAAUCUGAUGAAGAUGGUUAUUACUGUGAUCUGAUUGGAAGUAGGAUGAUCAAAAUUUUUCAUGGUAGAAAGCUGGACUUUGAGCCCAAACACUGUGAGAAGCAAAGAAAUGAGCAAGAUUUUGUUACUGCAGUUGAAUUCUCUGCAGAGGAUCCUUAUGGCAAAGCAGUUGCCUUGCUUGACUUAAAGUAUGGGUCUCUCAAGGUAAAAGAAGAAUGGUUAGUGUUGCCUGCAAUUGUUGCAGCUUUUAUACUUGCUGAUAUUUUGAAAAAUAAAGGGAAUGGCGGAUUCAUUGUUAACUCUGAAAAAUUGGAAUUGAAUGGUAAUGUGGAAGAGUUCAGUGGGUUCCAUGAAGAAGCCAACCAAAAGUCUAAUUCUACAGAAAGCAAAGUGGAGUUGAAUGUGGAUGAAAUAAAGAGUGCAGGAUGCGGUGGGGGUUGUGGUGGUGGUGGAUGUGGGAACGUGGUUAAGAGUGGCAGCUGCGGCAGUGUUUGUGGUGGUGGUGGAUGUGGGAACGUGGUUAAGAGUGGCAGCUGCGGCGGUGGUUGUGGUGGUGGAUGUGGAAAUACGGUUAAGAGUGGCAGCUGCAGCGGCAGUUGUGGUGGUGGAUGUGGGAACACGGCCAAGAGUGGUGGCCGUGGUGGUGGUUGUGGAAACACGGCUAACAGUGGUGGCUGUGGGGGUGGUUGUGGUGCUGGAUGCGGGGACAUGGUAAAUAGUCGUGGCAGUGGUGGUGGAUGUGAUAACAUGGUAAAAAGUGGUGGCUGUGGCAGUGGUUGUGGCGGUGGUUGUGGAGGCAUGUUCAAGAGUGAUGGAAAUGGGCUUGGAGAUGAAGUGGAGAGUGGUGGUUGUGGAAACAAAACAUCAUAUGAAACUAGUAUAAGCAACUCCCACAUUGAUUCUUCCCCCAAAGAAUCAUCCGUCCAUGUCACAGAAGCAAUAGUCGCAUAAUUGCUAUGAAACUUACAAAAUGUCAGCAAGAAGCAUUCUUAAUAAGGUGCAUUUAAAAAAAAAAAACCAAAUUCUUAAAUUUAAUAAAACAAAAAUACUCUCAUGAUGAUGAAGUGUCAUGAAUAAAUAAGGUUCUUCUCUGAGCCGUGCAUCCAAUUCCAAGCUGUACUUGUUUAGUUUGUGUUGUAUUUUUUCUGCUGAAUGUUCAUGAAACUUCAGUAUUAGUAUAUAUUUCUGCUUCCUGUAUUGGUUUGAAUGAUUAGUCUGCGUUGGUUUCUAUUACAUUGAUAUUUCAGUUGUGU